CGAUGAUUACAGAACCAGUAUGGAUUUUCCAAAGUUGUUCCUGCAUUCUUCUCUUCUAGUCCUCCAUUUCGCAUUUUCUUCUUCCAAAGACACAAUAACUAUAAACCAAACCAUUCAUGAUGGUGACUUUCUGAUCUCUAGAGAAAAUAAUUUUGCAUUAGGAUUCUUUAGCCCCGGAAGUUCCAGGUUUAGAUAUCUUGGAAUCUGGUACCGUAAAGUCCGAGAGCAAACUGUAGUGUGGGUAGCAAAUAGGGAUGAUCCAAUCAAGGGUUCCUCGGGAGUUCUAUCAAUUGACCAAUAUGGAAAUCUCGUUCUCCGCAGCUAUCAUAACCAGAAAGUUCCUAUAUGGUCUACAAAUGUCUCAGUGGAGGUUACAGAUACUUGUGUGGCUCAGCUCUUGGAUACAGGAAAUUUGAUUUUGGUCCACGAUAGAAGUAAAAGUAAUGUGUGGGAAAGCUUUGAUCAUCCUACGGAUACUUGGCUGCCAGGAAUGAAACUUGGGUUGGACCGAAGGACAGGCAUGAACCGGUUCCCGAUAUGUUGGAGAUCAGCAGAUGACCCUGGAACUGGAAACUUCUCACUUCAGAUCAACCCAAAAGGAUCACCACAGUUCUUUAUCUACUGGGGUAUAAAAUAUAUUUGGCGAGGCAUUCCUUGGCCCUGGAAAAGCUAUGCAGAUGCAUCCAAUGACAGUUUUGUCAACAAUCAAAAUGAGACAUAUGCGACAUACUCUGUUUCUGAUGCUUCUGUUAGUCUAAGGUUAAUGUUGGACUAUUCAGGACUUGUUAAGAAACUAAUUUGGCAUGAAAAAGAUGGCAAAUGGAAAGAAUUCCGGUCGAUGCCAAAAUCUACAUGUGAUCCAUAUGGGCAUUGUGGUACCUAUGGAAUAUGUGACCCUGACUUUCUUGGUCGAAGAUUUGAAUGUGAUUGUUUACCGGGGUAUGAACCCAAGUCCCCAAGGGACUGGCAUAUUCUAAAAGAUGCAUCAGGCGGGUGUGUCAGGAAGCGGCUAGAGUCUACCUCAUUAUGUGGCCAUGGAGACGGAUUUGUGAAAGUGGCGAAUGUUAAAGUACCUGACACUUCAGCAGCAGUUUGGGUGAGCACGAAUAUGAGUCCAAGGGACUGUGAAAAGAAUUGCAUGAGGAAUUGUUCAUGCUCUGCAUAUGCAAGCAUAGAUAUUGCUAGGAAGGAGACUGGCUGUUUGACAUGGUACGGCAAAUUGAUGGACACUGUGCACAAUGGGGCAGAGGGAUAUGAUAUUUAUGUUCGUGUUGAUGCAGUCGAAUUAGGUAAUGUAUUUUUGCCUUCGACAAAUUUUGAACAAAACCAAUGUGUAUUUUUCCCUACUCACACAGCUGAAAUUGCCGAAAAAUGGAAUGGUUUUCUUAAAAGGAAGGAUAGGUUAGCCGUUUUAGUAAUAUCUGUUGUUUCAGCUUGGUUUGUCAUCAUCUUGUUUACAUAUUUGUGGCUCAAGAAGAAGAAGAAGAAAAGGGUGAGGAACAAAUGGAACAAAAGGUGGCUUGAUACAAUUGGCUCAGUGGAAAAUCAAGUCGAAGGUAGCAUGAGUCAUCCAGAGAUUGCUUUUUUCAAUCUGAGCACUAUACUUGCUGCAACUAACAGUUUCUCUCCAGCUAACAAACUAGGGCAAGGUGGUUUUGGUGUGGUUUAUAAGGGUAAAUUGUCUAAUGGAAAGGACGUUGCUGUGAAAAGACUUUCAAAAGAUUCGGGGCAAGGAAUAUAUGAAUUUAAAAAUGAAGUUUUACUGAUUGCAAAACUUCAACAUCAGAAUUUGGUGAAACUCAUAGGAUGCUGUAUUCAGGGAGAGGAACCGAUGCUAGUUUAUGAAUACAUGCCAAACAAAAGCUUGGACUCCUUUCUUUUCAAUGAAACAAGAAGGUCAAUCUUGGAUUGGAGAAAACGCUUUGAUAUUAUCGUUGGGAUUGCUCGUGGAAUCUUAUAUAUUCAUCAAGAUUCUAGGUUGAAAAUUAUCCAUAGAGAUCUAAAAACCAGCAAUAUCCUAUUGGAUGAAGAAAUGAAUCCAAAAAUUUCAGAUUUUAGCCUAGCUAGAAUCUUCAAAGGUGACCAAACUCAUGAGAUGACAAACAGAAUAGUUGGAACAUUUGGAUACAUGUCUCCAGAAUAUGUGGUGUUUGGAAAGUUUUCAACGAAAUCUGAUGUCUUUAGUUUUGGCAUCAUAUUAUUAGAGAUUAUUACAGGGAAAAGGAAUAAUAGCUUUUAUCAAGAGGAUUUUUACCCAAGCAUGAUAGGAAAAAUAUGGCAUUUAUGGAGAGAAGAGAGAGCAUGGGAGAUGGUUGAUUCAUCACUAAAGCAUUCUUGUUCUCCUGAUGAAGUAUUGAGAUGCAUCCAAAUUGGGCUCUUAUGCUUGCAAGAAGAUAUAAUGGAAAGACCGACCAUGUCAGCUGUCGUUCUAAUGUUAAAUAGCGAAAUUAGUCUUCCUUCUCCUAAGCAACCUGCAUUCACUUUCAAAAAGUCUAGUAUUAUUAGUUCUAGCUCAUUAGAACCAAAAGAAAGAUUUUGUUCUGUGGAUGAGGAGACAAUUACUGAGUUUCACUUCAAUGAAGUUUCCAGAACCAGAAUGGAUUUUCGAAAGUUGUUCCUGCAUUCUUCUCUUCUAGUCCUCCAUUUCGCAUUUUCUUCUUCCAAAGACACCAUAACUAUAAACCAAACCAUUCAUGAUGGUGACUUUCUGAUCUCUAGAGAAAAUAAUUUUGCAUUAGGAUUCUUUAGCCCCAAAAGUUCCAGGUUUAGAUAUCUUGGAAUCUGGUACAAUAAAGUCCGAGAGCAAACCGUGGCGUGGGUAGCAAAUAGGGAUGAUCCAAUCAAUGGUUCCUCGGGAGUUCUAUCAAUUGACCAAUAUGGAAAUCUCGUUCUCCAUAGCUACCAUAACCAGAAGGUUCCUGUAUGGUCUACAAAUGUCUCAGUGGAGGUUACAGAUACUUGUGUUGUAGCUCAGCUCUUGGAUACAGGAAAUUUGGUUUUGUUCCACGAUAGAAGUAAAAGUACUGUGUGGGAAAGCUUUGAUCAUCCUACGGAUACUAUGCUGCCAGGAAUGAAACUUGGAUUGAACCGAAGGACAGGUAUGAACCGGUUCCCGAUAUGUUGGAGAUCAGCAGAUGACCCUGGAACUGGAAACUUUUCACUUCGGAUAAACCCAAACGGAUCACCACAGGUCUUUAUCUACUGGGGUAUAAAAUAUAUUUGGCGAGGCAUUCCUUGGCCCUUGAAAAGUUAUGCAGAUAUAUUGAAUGUUAGUUUUGUCAACAAUCAAAAUGAGACAUAUAUGACCUACUCUGUUUCUGAUGCUUCUGUUAUCCUAAGGGUAAUGUUGGACUAUUCAGGACUAGUUAAGAAGCUAAUUUGGCAGGAAAAAGAUGGCAAAUGGAAUGAAUUCUGGUCGGUACCAAAGUCUCCGUGUGAUCCAUAUGGGCAUUGUGGUACCUAUGGAAUAUGUGAUCCUGACUUUUUUAGUCGAAGAUUUGAAUGUGAUUGUUUACCGGGGUAUGAACCCAAGUCCCCAAGGGACUGGCAUAUUCUAAAAGAUACAUCAGGCGGGUGUGUCAGGAAGCGGCUAGAGUCUACCUCAUUAUGCAGGCAUGGAGAAGGAUUUGUGAAAGUGGCAAAUGUUAAAGUACCUGACACUUCAGCAGCAGUUUGGGUGAGCAUGAAUAUGAGUCCAAGGGACUGUGAAAAGAAUUGCAGGAGGAAUUGUUCAUGCUCUGCAUAUGCAAGCAUAAAUAUUGCUGGGAAGGAGACUGGCUGUUUGACAUGGUAUGGCAUAUUAAUGGACACUGUACAUAAUUGGAAAGAGGGAUAUGAUAUUUAUGUUCGUGUUGAUGCAGUUGAAUUAGCCGAAGUCACCCAAAAAUGGAAUGGUUUUCUUGAAAGGAAGGAUAUGUUAGGCUUUUUAGUAGUAUCUGUUGUUUCAGCUUGGUUUGUCAUCAUCUUAUUUACAUAUUUGUGGCUCAAGAAGAAGAAGAAAAGGGUGAGGAACAAAUGGAGCAAACAAUGGCUUGAUACAAUUGGCAGCACAUACUACAAUGAAACUUCAGUGGAAAAUCAAGUCGAAGGUAGCAUGAGUCAUCCAGAGAUUGCUUUUUUCAAUCUGAGCACUAUACUUGCUGCAACUAACAGUUUCUCUCCGGCUAACAAACUAGGGCAAGGUGGUUUUGGCGUGGUUUAUAAGGGUAAAUUGUCUAAUGGAAAGGAAGUUGCUGUGAAAAGACUUUCAAAAGAUUCAAGGCAAGGAAUAGAUGAAUUUAAAAAUGAAGUUUUGCUGAUUGCAAAACUUCAGCAUCAGAAUCUGGUGAAACUCAUAGGAUGCUGCAUUCAAGGAGAGGAACCGAUGCUAGUUUAUGAAUACAUGCCAAACAAAAGCUUGGACUCCUUUCUUUUCCAUGAAACAAGAAGGUCAAUCUUGGAUUGGAGAAAGCGCUUUGAUAUUAUCGUUGGGAUUGCUCGUGGAAUUUUAUAUAUUCAUCAAGAUUCUAGGUUGAGAAUUAUCCAUAGAGAUCUAAAAACUAGCAACAUUCUAUUGGACAAAGAAAUGAAUCCAAAAAUUUCAGAUUUUGGCCUAGCUAGAAUCUUCAAAGGCGACCAAACUCAUGAGAUGACAAACAGAAUAGUUGGAACAUUUGGAUACAUGUCUCCCGAAUAUGUGACAUUUGGAAAGUUUUCAACGAAAUCUGAUGUCUUUAGUUUCGGCAUCAUAUUAUUAGAGAUCAUUACAGGGAAAAAGAACAAUAGCUUUUGUCAAGAGGAUCCUUACCCAAGCAUGAUAGGAAAAAUAUGGCAUUUAUGGAGAGAAGAAAGAGCAUGGGAGAUAAUUGAUUCAUCACUAAAGCAUUCUUGUUCUCCUGAUGAAGUAUUGAGAUGCAUCCAAAUUGGGCUUUUAUGUGUGCAAGAAGAUGUAUUGAAAAGACCGACCAUGUCAGCUAUUGUUCUAAUGUUAAAUAGCGAAAUUAGUCUUCCUUCUCCUAAGCAACCUGCAUUCACUUUCAGAAAAUCUAGCUCAUUAGAACCAAAAGAACGAUUUUGUUCUGUGGAUGAGGAAAUAAUUACUGAGGUUAUAUGUCGUUGAAUGUCUCUCUCAUGAAUUACAUAAAUUUUUAGUAUAGGAAUCUAGGAUAUGCUUCUUCUGAUAUUAAAAAAUCUUUUUAUUUA